AUGUCCAUUGUGUGCCUGUUUUACUGUGGUCGGCCACCACCCAAACCAUAUGAAAAGCAAUGGCUUACAUCAGGAAAAUAUCGCAACUUCUCUUACGGCACUAUUCACUUCCGAUCCUACGAAGAAGCAGAUGACGAAGUUGCUAAAGAUGGCCGCCUGCCAUCUAUUGGUCCUGCUGAAAGAUUUCGUAAUGUUGUAAGGCGAAUUCCUGUUUUUGAUAAGUUAAACAAAGAGUAUAUUGAGGGUUAUCUGGAAGUGUGA